CUCCAGGACGCUGUCAUGCAGGACCCUACCCCGGAGCGCGCCGAGGAGAGCCGGGCGGCGGCGGCGGAGGGCGGCGGGGCCUCCUGGCUGCAGAAGGUGUUCGAGGAGGUGCGGGGCUCCUCGCAGCUGAGCGUGGCGCCCGCGGAGCCGCCGGCGGUGACGGUGGUGGCGGUGGAGCGGUACCUGGCGCAGGCCCCGCCGCCCCCGGCCGCGCCCCCGGCCCCUCAGUACUGGUACGACGUGACGCUCGCGGACGGCGCGCGCCGGCAGCGCUGCCACCUCGCGCCGUGCCUCAACGGGCUCGUGCAGCGCGCGCGCCUGCGGGCGGGCGCGCGCCUGCGGCUCACGCGCUGCUCGUACCGCUACGAUGAGAAGCGGCUGAACCGCGGGUUCCUCUGCCUGGAGGGGCUGGAGCGGGCGGGCGGGCCCGGGGACACCGCCACGGCCGCCACCCCCGCGGGGACACCGCCCGACGGCCCCCGCCCGCUCCAGCCCCUCCGCGGCGAGAACAGGCACUACCUGCCUCUCUGGAACAACGAGGAUCCCUACGGAGACGUGUGGGUGCCCGACAGGCCCCCGGCGCAGGUGGAUGUGGACGUCUCCAAGCUGACUAACCUUGGUCAUCUGGAAAUGACAUGGAGAAGCAGAGUGCGCUUCCAUCCACUCCUUGUGAGAAUCCUCCACAAAUCUAGACUAAGGUACUACGGGAAACCAGAGAAAGCAAUGGAUAUGCCUUAUCAGGCUUAUUUUGAGGUUGCUGAUGGUUCAGGCAUGACGUCGAUGGUUCUGUGGAGUUCACUGUGCCCUGAGUGGUAUAACAGCAUGAAGGUUGGCACAGUCCUCCUCCUCGAACAAUACGCCAUCAAAGACAGUUACCCUUUCAAAACACAGCCAACACCGGGGGAUUCACAGAUGAAGAGAUUUGCUACAAUUGAAAUUAGCCUUAAUGUUCGAAAUCCUCCUACUAAAAUAAGCAUUAUUCCAGAAGAAAUGGUUAAGCCAGAGUGGGGAUUACCUGAAGUUAAAUACCGGUUUAUCACAAGGUCAGAACUGGAUGACUUACCACACAAUUAUUCCUGUGACGUUAUUGGUCUUGUGACAUUUGUCGGAAGGGCUGAACGAACCAGAAAAAGAGAACACUGUGAAGACUUCUGGCUCUAUCGUUGGGCACAUGCCAUUGAUGGAACCUCAGACCAUCCAUUCAUACUGGAAUUAUAUGCAACUUCUCAGCCAGAUGUGUUUGAGCGUAUUCACCCAAUGACAUACUUGGUGUGCACACAGAUGAGAGUAGUCCGGGACCUCACUGAGAAUCCUUCCAGCACAAUUUACCUCACGACUUCAAAUGAAAGUCAAAUAUUCAUUACAGGGUGGCACAAGGGCCAGCCAUACACCAAGGACACCAAAGUGAAAAACUUCAUUCAAUGGAUGAAAUCGCAAAGUGAAGUUGAUCAAAUAAAGAAGACUGUCAUUGGUGGCUAUUACCCUUUUCCACGACCUCCAGAUAACUUCUCAGACUAUUGUAAAAGCAAUAAAGUUGAAUCCGUUUUGAAGCCCAUCAGUGAAACAGGGAAAGAGAUUGAAGAAUUGCACUACAGAGAACACAAGCGCAUUGCUAUUCAGGGAAUAAUCAGUGCCAUAAGAUAUAUCAGCUGUAGCAACACAGCUGAAGAAGUUUCAGGAAUGGAACUUGUUCAGAAAGACACUUCUCAGUCUCUUGAAAGUUCUUCAGUUUCCAAAGAAGACUCUGUUGAGAGGGGAAAAAAUACCAGCCUUCAAAAUGAAGAAGUUAAGUCUUUUCUGGAUCCACAUUGUUCUCCUGGGGAACAACAUCAGCACCAAGCUCUGCUGCCAAAGGAGAGUUCAGUGAAGAGAAAGAUACGCAGAUUAAAUAGAGAUGCAGAACAGGGAAGUACAUCUGUUACUCCUGUAUCAUCUUGCCCCUAUUUCACACGGUCUGCAAGAAGAAAAUUUAGGUUGGAUGAAUAUCAACAUGGAGAUGUGCAAGAUAAAAAUGGACAGGCUGUAUCAGCCAGUUUGCAGCACUGCACAGACCAAGAAGGAAUGAGUGAUAUACCUGAAACUGAAGAUACUGGAAGAACUUGUGAUUCCUGGCAGAGUGACCUGUGGACACAGGUGAAAGACAAGUUAAUGAAAUAUUUCCAUCACAGCAAGAUUUUCCCUGAAAGUAUCCCACGUAAAUUUGAUUAUGUGUACAAAGACUUACUUAUGCAACAGUACAACCUUCAUGCAGCGGUGCACCAGCCUAAACACACCACAGCAGACAAAAGCAUCCAUGAGUUUAAAAGUGCCAGUGGCCUUGGGUAUUAUGAAGUGACAGUUCUGGGUAUAAAUCACGAUGUAGCAAUAGAUGUGGCAUUUCUCCCGCUUUGUUGUCCUGAAGAUCCCCACUUAUUUCAACUGGAAGACAUUCAAAAUGACACAUUAUUGUCUUGUAUGAGCUCCAUCUCUGCACAUCAGCAGAAGACCACUAGCAAUGGAAGGCCUUGUGACAUGUUUCCUCUUUCAGAUGAAAUUGUAAAAGCAGCAAAGGAUCUCGAUGGCAAACAUGUUGUCUGCAUCUUGGAUAUCUGUCACUUGGGUGAUGACAAGGUGGAAGUCUUUCUGAGCAAAAUCUACAAGACAGAGGAACCAGGUGUGCUGGAUCCAGUAUAAUUUAAUAACUUAUUUUUCAAAUUUAUGUUGUUUAAAAGGAAGGAAGUAAAUAAAAUUUCUGUAACUUGAACG